CUCCUCCCGCAGCGAGGUUCCAGCUCCCCGCACGCACCGGAGCGCUCGGCUCCCCUCCUCCUCGUCCCUCCUCCCUUCCCCUCCUCCCCGCUUCCCUCCCCGGGUCGCCGCGGCUCCGGGAGGAGCGGGGGGGCCCCCGCUUCCUUCCCUCCCCCCCUCCUUCUCCCACCCGCCACGCCGAGGAGAGGCAGGAGACCUUCACUGAAGCACUCCUGACAAUCCUGUGUCCGAAGGAACCAAGGAAUAACUUCUGUAACUACCAACUGGAAGGAGCAAAGACACCUUAGAUAAACGAAAGCAGCAAUGGGGUGCAUUAAAAGCAAAGAAGGUAAAGGCCCAGCCAUGAAAUACAGAACUGAAAAUGCUCCAGAACCUGUUAUUUCCCAUGUCAGUCAUUAUGGAUCAGAUUCCAGCCAAGCAACACAGUCACCGUCAAUAAAGGGAUCAGCAGUUAAUUUUAAUAGUCAUUCCAUGACUCCUUUUGGAGGGCCUUCAGGAAUGACACCCUUUGGAGGAGCAUCAUCGUCAUUUUCAGCUGUGCCAAGUACAUAUCCUAGUACUUUAACAGGUGGUGUUACUGUAUUUGUGGCCUUAUAUGAUUAUGAAGCUAGAACUACAGAUGACCUUUCAUUUAAGAAAGGUGAACGGUUCCAGAUAAUAAAUAACACGGAAGGAGACUGGUGGGAAGCAAGAUCCAUUGCUACAGGAAAGACAGGCUACAUCCCAAGCAAUUAUGUAGCUCCUGCAGACUCCAUUCAAGCAGAAGAGUGGUAUUUUGGUAAGAUGGGCAGGAAGGAUGCAGAAAGGCUACUUUUAAAUCCUGGAAACCAGCGUGGUAUUUUCUUAGUAAGAGAGAGUGAAACCACUAAAGGUGCUUAUUCCCUUUCUAUACGUGACUGGGAUGAGGUCAGAGGUGAUAACGUAAAACACUACAAAAUCAGGAAACUUGACAAUGGUGGAUACUAUAUCACAACCAGAGCACAAUUUGAAUCUCUACAGAAGUUGGUGAAACACUACAGAGAACAUGCCGAUGGGCUGUGUCAUAAGCUAACAACUGUGUGUCCCACUGUGAAACCACAAACACAAGGACUAGCAAAAGAUGCUUGGGAAAUUCCUAGAGAAUCUUUGAGGCUGGAAGUUAAGCUGGGCCAAGGAUGUUUUGGUGAAGUGUGGAUGGGAACAUGGAAUGGAACCACAAAAGUAGCAAUCAAGACACUAAAACCUGGUACAAUGAUGCCAGAGGCUUUCCUGCAGGAGGCUCAAAUCAUGAAGAAACUACGACACGACAAGCUUGUUCCACUGUAUGCAGUCGUUUCUGAGGAACCAAUCUACAUUGUCACUGAAUUCAUGACAAAAGGCAGCUUGCUAGAUUUCCUUAAAGAAGGGGAAGGGAAAUACUUAAAACUUCCACAGCUGGUCGACAUGGCUGCUCAGAUUGCGGAUGGCAUGGCUUACAUUGAAAGAAUGAACUACAUCCACAGGGACCUCCGGGCAGCUAACAUUCUUGUAGGAGACAAUCUUGUGUGUAAAAUAGCAGAUUUUGGUUUAGCAAGGUUAAUAGAGGACAAUGAGUACACUGCAAGACAAGGAGCUAAAUUUCCAAUUAAAUGGACCGCUCCAGAAGCAGCGUUGUAUGGUCGGUUUACAAUCAAGUCGGACGUGUGGUCAUUUGGAAUUUUACUGACAGAGCUGGUAACUAAGGGGAGAGUGCCAUAUCCAGGAAUGGUGAAUCGAGAAGUUCUGGAACAAGUGGAACGUGGCUAUAGGAUGCCUUGUCCACAAGGCUGCCCAGAGUCUCUCCAUGAGUUAAUGAAACUCUGUUGGAAGAAGGACCCUGAUGAGAGACCAACAUUUGAGUAUAUACAGUCUUUCUUGGAGGACUACUUUACUGCUACAGAACCACAGUACCAGCCUGGAGACAAUUUAUAAGCCAACAGUCUAUAUAACAAAUGCACAAAUCUGCCAAAUGUAAAAGACUUGCAAAGAAUUCCUGAAGUCUCUAAGGAAUCACAGGAAAGAAAAUCUUCGCUACUUUGCAUGCUCUUAAUGGCAAACUGGAAUUUCAUAAUGCAGUUGCACAAAACCACUUUUAAAGUGUUAUACUCUGAUUUACCAAUGACAUAUUUUUUAUUUUUUCCUCUUUCCCAUCUUAUUUUCAGGGUCCAAAGGAAGCUUACUGAAAAUACGGGGCAGAAAAAAUGAGUGUUGGUGUGAACAAUAGCAGAAAAAACAAUGUUUCAAAUCCUUUAUUCUCCUAGUAUUUGCUGAUCAUUCUACCAAUGAGGGAAUUGUCUGGAAUUAGUGAUCUUGGGGUAAGGCCUUUUUAAAGCAGAAGAACUUUGUGGGACCAAGCAAUUCUAUUCCAGUUCAGUAAAACUCCCUGUGUUUAAAACUACGUAUGUGUGGCCCCCAACCCUCGCAAAACAAAAGCUGGUACAACUGUAUUUGAUUUAUAGUCUCAAUCUUUAAGCUUCCAUUUCAUGGACUUAAUUAGGGUAGGCAGGUAAAAAGAGAAAUUGGAACAGUGAAUGAGAAACUUGAUCUAAAUGGUAGACCUCAAUAGUGAGAUUAGAGAGCAUAAUGCACUGUGUUAAUCCUUGUGUUAAUAUAACUGGAAAGUAGCAUGAGAGAUUUUUCCUUUUUUCUUUCUGCAUAGCUAAUUAAGAAUAAUGAAGGUAACUAGAAAAUGAGGUAAUAUUUUAUAAAAUUAUGUUGAUAAAGUAUGAUGAUAUUUGAACUUGAAGCUAUGUAAUACAAUCACAGGGGGAAAGCCUUUAAUCUUUUAAGCUCCAGUGGAACAGCGAGCUUUUGUAUGGGAAGACUACCUGAACAAAGUUACAAAGUUCACCAGGAAAGUAAGACUGAAGCAGGUAAAUGGCCACCUUUUAGUCCUUUUUCAGAGACAGGUUUGGUACUGUUGUAUGUGGCUUGUAAGAGUUAACGAAGGUGGUUGCCACAAGUGCUAUCUGUCACUAGUUCAGGGAUUUGAUUGCACUUUUGCUUUUCUUGGCUAUUAAGACACACACACAGUUGCUCUUCCCACUUCUGCCCUUCCUACAGAAUUAUUUAACUAAAAACAAGUGAAAGAAAAUGUGAAAGUAUAAAAAGUAAAGGGAUAAAAUAUAUUUAAUAUUGUCCAAGUAAUUAAAUUUGCUGGUAUUCAGCCCAGCUGACACUACAUCUGGAUUUAUUUUCUUUGGCUACUGACAUAUCAAGCAAUAACAUCAAGUCUUUUACUCAACAAUUUGCAUGAGGUUCUUGAAUUUCUGAUCAAGCUUAUAUACUUUAAUUUUGAAACACUCUUACUUAGUUACUGGCUUGGAAUUCAUAUUAUCGUUGUAAAGCUAUCCAACAAAUGAAUUCAGAAAAGCUAGUAAUAUAGUUCUGGUACUAAACUUAACAUUCAUGGGUUUACACUACAUUGAAUCCAACUACCAAACAGAUCUGUGUAGGAGCAGUGCCAUCAUUUUUCAUUUUCCCUCAUCAUUGCUCAUCAACUGUAUAUCUGUGGUUAUCAAAUUUUAAAAGGGCUUUCUGUAAGAAAAACAAAAACAAAACAAAAAACACAUACACAAAAUACUCAAAAAAACCCAAAAAAAGAUGAUGAAAUUUUAAUUUUUCUAAAUAUUUUAAAAUUAAUAACACAAUCAUAUGAGUUUAUGUAUUAAUACAGUCAUAACAAAAAAUGCCAAAAAUGACACUGGCAUUGUAUGGAUUUUUAAUUACUGAAUGGAACAGUUCAUUGUAAUAACACUUGUAUAGUAAAGGAAUAAAACACUAACUUAAUGAACGUGUUCAUUGUAAAUGGUUGUGUAUUAUAAAACUUCUCCAAAAGAGUUUGUAUGUUUAUGAAAAUUUAUUUGUUUCACCUGAAGACCUUGAUGUGGUUCUUACCCUAACAGAGUUUAAAAUUCACAUUCACACUUUUUAUAUAAAUAGUAAUAAGUUUAAUUAUGUAACUAAGUAUUUUUAUAAAGUAUGGCAUUGUUGAACUGUUUUGCAGAAUUGGUUCAAAAUAAAUUUCACCUUGAUUGCA